UGUUCACGCAUAAUUGUUAUCGGCACACAGUUUUGAUGCACAUUUAUCUGGCUGUGUGUUUUGUUGUUCCGCAAACGUUUAGAAAGAGUUUUAUUGUGCACAAUGCCCAAGGAGAAAUCACGACAUCGCAGCCGCAGUCGCAGUCGUGACCGAAAACGGGAUCAUCACAAACGCAGCAGCGACAACAAAUAUCGCGACUCGGACCGGGAUCGCGAGCGUGAGCGUGAGAGAAAGCGGGACAGAGACAGAGAUGCACACGGCAGGCGCAAAGAGCGGGAACGGGAGCGCAGUCGAAGUCGCGAACGCCAACGAAGUGUACGCGACAAGAAGGAGAAGGAGAAGGUGAAGGAGCAACGUCGUCGCUCACCCUCCAGCUCCAGUUCCAGUUCAUCGUCAUCCUCCAGUUCAUCAGCGCCACCAAGAGGAGUAGCGAAAAGUAAGCGCAGUCCCGAAAUGAGCUCCAUUAAACUGCUGCAGACGCUGGAGGAGCGACGUCUGCGCGAACAGCAGGAGCGCCAACGUGUCAAAGAGCAACUGAAGGCGAACGAGACGCCGGAGGAGAAGCGUGCCCGCCGUCUGCGCGAGAAACAGGCCAAGGAGCAGCGUCGCCGACAGCGCAUGGGCUGGGACAACGAAUACCAGACGUACUCCAACGAGGACAAUCCGUUUGGUGACUCCAAUUUAACAUCCACCUUCCACUGGGGCAAGAAACUCGAGGUCGAGGGUCUGGCCAAUCUCUCGAGCAAAACCGUCGAAGUUCUCUCGCUGCAAAAGCAGCUGGAGAAUCGUCGCGAGCUCGAGAAGGUGAAGAAGCGACGUCAGGAACGUGAACUGGAGCGUCAGGCCCGCGAAGACGAUGCCAUGCAACAGCAGCGCUCCAAGGAGGCGGUGCAAUUCCGCGAAUGGCAACGCCAAGAGGAUCAGUUUCACUUGGAGCAGGCUCGUCUGCGCAGCGAGAUUCGCAUACGCGAUGGACGCGCCAAACCCAUCGAUCUGUUGGCCCAAUACGUGUCCGCCGGCAGCACAGAAACGACGCUCGAGGAUGCGCUCGAGAUGCAGAUGCAUGAGCCAUACAUGCUGCUCCAUGGCCUGCAUAUGGACGAGCUGGAGGAUCUGCUCGUGGACAUUAAGGUGUACGAGGAGCUGGAGCAGGGCAGGCAUAUGGAUUUCUGGAAUGACAUGGUCACCAUUGUGCAGGACGAGCUGCAGAAGCAGCUCAAGCAGCAGCAGAGCGAGGCGAACGCAUUGAAUCAACGGCGCGACGGCAUCCAUCAGAGCGUGGUUAAGGAUGUGGCGGACAUAUUUCGCGGAAAGAAUGCCAAGCAGCUGGACGAGAUGCGCGGCCGCAUCGAGGCCAAGAUCAGCGGACGUGCCGAUGGCGUCGACAUCAGCUACUGGGAGAGUCUGUUGUCGCAGCUGAAGGCGCACAUGGCGCGUGCUCGUCUCCGGGAUCGCCAUCAGGCGCUGCUCCGCGAGAAGCUGUCGCUGCUGAAGCGUGAGAACGACGGCGGCAGCAGUGAGGCAACCACUACCACAGCAGCAGCAGGAGGAACCUCUCCUAUGGCUGUUGUUAAGCAGGAGGAUGAGCUGGACGAUGAGCAGCAGCCUCCUGCUGAAGCAGACUUGGAAGCAGAUCCGGAGCAGGACAUGGACAGUCCGUUGCGUGAGCUGCAGCAGGCUGUGCGUCUGUAUCAACUGGGCAACUACAGUCCCAGCUACAUGCGUGACGAGGAUUUCACCGGACGCCGCUUGACUGCUGCCGAUGAGGACAACGUGGAUGGUGCGCUCUACGGUGACAGCGAUGACGAGCAUCGGGUGCGCCAGCAGCGUCUCCAGCUCAUCCAUCCGGAGCGCAUUGCCGAUAGCGUUGAGCUGACGCCCCAGGAACAGCGUAUGCGGGGUGAGGCGCGCAAAGGAAUGCAGGGCGAUGAGGCCGAGUUCAGUGUGGAGACCACAGUGGAUGCAGUGCCCCAGCUGGCGACGGACAAGUAUCGACCGCGAAAGCCGCGCUACUUUAAUCGCGUCCACACCGGCUUCGAGUGGAACAAAUACAAUCAGACGCAUUAUGACAUGGACAAUCCGCCGCCAAAGAUUGUCCAGGGCUACAAGUUUAACAUCUUCUAUCCGGAUCUCAUGGAUAAGUCCCAGACGCCACAAUACUUCCUCACCCCAUGUGCGGACAAUGCGGACUUUGCUGUGUUGCGCUUUCACACGGGUCCGCCAUAUGAGGAUAUUGCCUUUAAGAUCGUCAAUCGCGAGUGGGAGUUUAGUUAUAAGCGCGGUUUUCGUUGUCAGUUCCACAACAACAUAUUCCAGCUGUGGUUUCACUUUAAGCGCUAUCGCUACAGGCGCUAAACAUCAAAUAUAUUUAUCUUCGUCAUU